AGCGAACGCUAUAUUGUAAGAACGUCGGGUGGCGCCGCGCCAGCCCGUCGCGUGCUAGUGUUGUGUCACAGCGGUGGGCCAGGUCGGUUUCGAGAUUUCUUCGUUCCGACGUAAAUCAUGGCUCUCAACUCGGACGCUGAACAGAAAUCGAACCUGGUCCUCCGCGUGGACCAGGAUUCUGACUCGGUUCUACAAUCAUUGUUCGACACAGUGCUUAAGCCGGACUCGAAACGACCGCUACAGGUGCCUCUCCGAAUGCGACAGCUUCCAAAGUCGUUCUUUAACCCGCCGUCAACCGGUUCCAAGUCGCCAUCUGUGUCUCACUCGCGAGAAAACUCGGCUGACUCGGCGUUCGGAUCGUCGUCCGCGACUGGCGCCUCACCGGUGUCGCACUCUCGAGCACAUUCGUCACCCGCGAGUUUGCAACAAACUUAUGCCGCUGGACAACAAAAUCAACAACCGCCACUACACCAUCAGCACACAAAACAGAGAUCUUAUGAUGUUGGAACACAUAUCCCAGAUGAUCUCGGCCCACUCCCGCCUGGUUGGGAACAGGCGCGAACACCAGAAGGACAGAUAUAUUAUCUUAAUCACAUAACGAAGACCACGACAUGGGACGACCCUCGCAAGACUCUCGCGGCCCAGUCAGUGGCUGGCAGCGUGCAGCAUCAGAGCACAGACGCGCUGCUCACACAGGCUGCCUCGCCGCAAAACAUACCCAACACACCUGCACCAGCAGCGAAGAGUACAAGUAGUAACACAACGACGGAUCCACUAGGGCCCCUGCCGGAGGGUUGGGAGCAGGCCGCGACGGCGGAAGGAGAAAUCUACUUUAUAAAUCAUGCAGCUCGCACCACAUCCUGGUUCGAUCCAAGGAUACCACAACACUUGCAGCGCACGCCGGCUGCGGGCGGAGCGGUGCCGGACGGCGGCUGGGCCAACACCUCGCUGCAGGCGUGCCAGCAGAAGCUGCGGCUGCAGUCGCUGCAGCUCGAGAGAGAGCGCCUCAAGCAGCGCCAGCAGGAGAUCAGACUCCAGCAAGAGCUUAUAAUGGCGAGGCAGUCAUCAUCAAUCGUAUCUUCACUGGCGAACAGUACGGGUGUCACCAGUACCGACUUGCCGCUGGAUCCCUUCCUGUCAGGACUCUCGGAUCACCAGCGGCAGGAGUCGGCUGACAGCGGCCUAGGGAUGGGCGUGCCCCACUCUUACUCGAUGCCUCAUACGCCAGAAGGGUUCCUGUCCGGCAUGGACGACCGCAUGGACUGCACUAGCGAGGCCGGCGCCAACCUCGACUCCACCGACAUAACGCUAGCCGACAACCUCGACUCUACUGACGACUUGGUUCCUUCUUUGCAAUUGAACGAGUUCACCAACGACAUACUCCUGGACGACGUGCAAUCGCUGAUAAACUCGACGCCGAGCAAGCCCGACAACGUGCUGACGUGGCUGUAGAUGGCGCGCGCCUGCGCAGACCAUGCUUACAAACUUUCAAAUUAGGUAUUAUAUGUUUAAUGUAGCGUACUUACCGCUUGUAUGACGUCGACCGCUAUAACAGUGUCGGGGACAACACGGUAACGAUGGUGUAAAUUUCACUUUGAAAAUGACAAUUAUAGCAUAACAUGUGUAAUGACUGACGUGGGAUUUUGUGUGCUUAUGACUUAGUAUAGAUAGAUACUUCAAUACCAGUACGAUGGCUUCCAUGAGAACAGUUGGAUCGGUGCGGAGUUACGCAUUUGGUGGUAUUUAUAGCCAGCAACGUUAUUUUUCAGUUCAAAUUUCAUUUCAACACAUUUCCGCACCGGUUUCACUAUUCCCUACUAUAUCUGCUCGCUUUUAUGCAGAAUUGGUUUUAUCUCUGUCUCUGCAUUUAUUCGAAUGAGAUAGGAAUACGAAAUUG